AUGGCGUCUUUAUUUGGGAAAUAUUACUUUUUGGAAGAAUUUUUAUUAGAAAAGCAACUUCCCUGCUUAUUUAAUGACCCUGUACCAAUAUUUUCGUCAAUAUCAGCAGGACAAAAUGACCCAAGACCUAAAGUGAAAGAUUUUGUGGACAAUGUUGUUGAUGUAUGGUCGGAGAGCGAGUUUAGAAGACACUUAAGAAUUAGCAAAACAAUGUAUUCUCAUUUAUUAAAUGAAUUUAGGGACCCUUUGAAGAAAAUCAAUCAUGGGGGCUAUAUCCCAAUACCACCCAAGGAUCAACUUUACAUAUUCAUUUGGUAUUUGGCGAAUUUAGACAGUCAGAGAGAAAUAGCUCUGCUUUUUGGCGUAAGCGAGUGGUUUGUACACACCUGUAUUAAAAAUGUUGCAGAAAUUUUAAGCGCAAGGGUAAAACAGUAUAUAUCUUGGCCAUCUUAUGAAAGACAGAGACACAUUUCAGAAGGUUUUGAAACAAACACUACUUUUCCAGGAAUUGUUGGUGUAAUGGAUGGCACUCACAUCCGGAUUGUUAAUUGUCCUGGGGGCCAGCAAGAUUAUAUCAACAGAAAAGGGUUUGCAUCCAUUCAAGCACAACUCAUUGUGGAUGACAAAUUAAUGAUAAAUGAUGUAAACGUGGGAUGGCCUGGCAGUACCCAUGACGCGAGAGUCUUGCGUAACUCUGGUAUCUUUUAUUAUGCGGAAAACAAUGGGAAAAUCUUACAAAAUCAUUACAUUAUUGCUGAUGGGGCCUAUCCUUUGAAGUGGUGGCUUAUGACUCCAUUCAGGGAUAAUGGACGUUUAAAUAAUGCCCAAAGAAGAUAUAAUAGAAUAUUUUCCUCAGCAAGACAAUGUGUGGAAAGAGCGAUAGGUCAUUUGAAAGGACGAUUCAGACGACUUCAAAAUCUUCAUGUUGGUUCUGUGACACACAUGUGUAAUUUAGUCAUAAGUGCAUGCAUUUUGCACAACAUGUGCAUUAUCUGCGACGAUUACAUCGAUGACUUCAUAGAUAUGACACAGGCUGAAGACAUCAACCAAUAUCCAAAUGUUUUCCAGAAUGCUGCUGAUGGAACUAACAUAAGAGAUAGACUUGUUGCCAUUCUUUGAAUAUGC